AUUGUCAUAAACGUUUAGUGUUUUUCUACUUUGUACACUUAAUAUUUUGCGACCUUAUAAAUAUAUUUUAAAAUUCUAUUUGUUGUAUCAAUUCAUACGUAAUGAGUUAUACCCUAAUUUAUAACUUACAAUAAACACUUACACGACUAAACAUCUAAACACAAAUAUGUAUCGACCAGCGGGUCUCUCAGAUGAAGAAUCAAACAGUGACGAUGAUUAUGGAUUUUAUGAAACACCGAGAAAUAAGUAUAAAAUUUCUAAUAACUACGAAAAUUCUCGGAAGAAGAUAGAAAAUCGAUUACAAGAUGCAAUUAUAAAUGGAAAUCUCAAAGAGGUAGAGAAAAUUGUUGCCCUAGAUCUGAAUAAUGAUGCAAAUCUUAAGCUUGAUAGUGGGUGGACAGCUCUUAUGCAUGCCUGUUUUCAUGCACAAAAAAAAAUUGUGGAGUUCCUCUUGGAAAAGGGAGCAGAUCCUAAUUUACAUGCAGACUCAAUGACACCAGUGAUGGCAGCUUGUUCAAAUAACAGUGGCAGUGAUGAUAUAAUACAUGAUAUUGUUAGUGGUCUCAUUGAACAUGACUGUCUCCUGAAUAUUGGUGAUAGGUACGGACAGACACCACUCAUGAGGGCUGUGAGCAGUGGCCGUGCGUCUGUUGUGGAUCUUAUAUUGAGCAAACAUGUUAACAUUGAAAUGAGAGAUAGACAAGGAUGGACUGCAUUAUUUUGGGCUGUGCAUCAUAAUCAAGCAAAGAUUUUGCAAAUACUCAUAUCACAAGGGGCAAGAUUGACAGAAGUAGACAUGUCAGGUAGAACUGUGAUGGAUAUAGCACAAUCUCAUGAAUAUCCGCAGAUUAUUGAAAUACUCAAUCAGCAUUUGAAAGCAGAUAACAUUGAUGAAGAAUUUUUGGGUACUGAUGUAUCAGAUUUGACCACAUGGCAGGAUUAUUAUCCAGGCAUUGUUAGUGAUGAAAGACCAAAGUAUACUAGUGAAAUAAGGCAUCUUUUAUAUGGAAUGAAUUGUGAAAGAUUAAACAGUUUAAUGAUGCAAAAUAAUGUGGAUUUAAAGACCUUCCUUCUGCUAGAGGAAAACGAUAUGAUCAAAUUAGGAAUAGAAAUGCCCUAUGAGAGACAAAGGUUGAAAUAUGGUAUUCGCUCAUUUCAUCUGAAAGGAUGGAAGAUGAAUACAGUAGCAGGACUGCAUAUUCAGAGAAGUGAUAACUACAGUCUCCAAGAUUGUCUGGCAACUUUAGGAAGUCAUUUACAACAAUUAUACAUAUUAGAAGCAACUAUACAAUAUCUAUUGCGAGAUUAUUGUAAAAUACAAAACCAAAUUAAGUUUGAGCCACCGGAUUCACCGAUCAUAAACAAAAUGCAGACUGCUGCUAACAAAUUAUUGGCUAACAUUAAUUGUAUUAGAAGAGAAAUUACUAUUAUGAAAGGGUUUCACACUAAGAUAAGCAAGAACAAUCCUAAACCCGCCGAUCUAAUAAAAGAAAAGACAACCAAAGAAUUGGCAAUGGGAUACCUGACUGACGCAGUUGUUAUCUGCUCAUUGGGUUUCCUCGUAUAUCAUGCCAGAACCUAUAUUACCAGUUUUUUAAGGAAAUAAAUAUUUCAAUAGUGUAUUUGAUAUUAUUGUUUUUAAAACGUAAUGGUUAAUACACA